AUGUUAAAUAAGCACUAUAAAAAUAUUAGCCAUAAUUAGAUUAGGAUUACCAAAACAAAUUACAAAUAGCUAAAUACACAAAUUUGUCUGAUAUUGAAAAAAGCAAUUUUUUAUAAAUUUCAGGUAUUUUAGAUUUGGAGUGUAGGUAUUGAAUAAUAACAUGUAUGCUUUCUAUUUAAUGGGAAUAUAUAAGAUCAAUUUGACAACAAUAGGAUUACAUAUCACACUAUAAAUAGUUUAGAUAAUAAAAUAGAUCAAAAGUAUUUGAUGGCAAUAUAAUUAGUACUUAUACCAUUGUAUAUAUAGUGGCAGAACAUAAUGCAAUCAAUGAGUUAUCAAGAUUUCGAAAGAUUUUGAAAUAACUUCCUAGUAAAUACUAUACUCAACUGAAAUUUCUAUUCUUAUAUCAAGCAAGUUUGAUGGUAAAAACUAGAUUAUGGUUACAAACUUCAAAGAGAUGGAGUUUAUGGUAGAAGAAAACAAAAUAUGUUAAUGAGUAUGCUUAAACUUAUUUUAAGUGUAGAAGAUCUGUUAAAAAUACAAAAUUUUUAAGCCAGUUGGAUGAAUUUAGUUCCUAAAUAAACUUCAGGAUUAGAUUAAAUAGAGCCUACAUAAUUAGUUAAAUAAACAGGAGGUUCUUUUGGUUCAAAUUUAACAAAUUAAAAAUUAAAUCAAUUUGGAAUACCUGUUAUACUUGAUUGUUUGCUUUCAUACUUUGUAACGAAUGCAGAUAGAUUUUUAAAACCAGAUAUAUUUAGAAAAUAAGGUUCAAUAAAUGAAGAAGAAUAAUUAUAUACAUUAUUGAUGAAUGAGAAUUAUGAAUGUUUAAAUGUAGUAGAAGAUGUACGAAUUGUUUGUAGUAUGAUCAAGAGAUUUUUUACAUCAUUACCUGAUCCGUUAAUUCCAUAAAACACUUUAAAAUUUAUUUGUAAUUAGAUAGUAUGUAAGUUGCUAUUAAAAAAUUAUUAGAAAUAACUCCUCAAACAGAGAUUGCAUUAUUAGAAGAAGUAUUUGGAAAAUUACCUAGUCUAAAUAGAGUGUUAUUAACAGUUAUGGUAAGUUUUCUAUUAUGUGUUGGCAAUUAUUCUGAAUUUAAUCAUAUGAAUAUGAAUAAUUUGGCAAUUGUAUUUGCUCCUUGUUUUAUGAGAGCAUAAACUAAUGAUAUUUCAUCAUUAGAAUAGGUUGGUUAAUCUGUUAAAUUUUUAAAAAUUUUAUUUGAUAACUUUGAUAAGAUGUUCCAAAAUGUUACAUUUAAAUUAUACUUACAAUACAAAUAAACUUAAUCAUGUUCAUCAACUAGUAGUAAUAGUUCAACAGGUCCAGAAACAAUGAGUAAAAAUCAAAUUCUAUCAUCAUCAGAAGAUGAAAUCGUUCCUCAAUUCUAGCAAAAGUAGCAAUGAU